CGUCUUAUGACGGUAUUCCCAAACCGCGAAUUGAUAACUGAGGUGCAGUUUGGUGGCGGGAGAUUCACGCAUGGUCCUGCACGUGAAUGAACAUCUUUGAGCACUUCUCUUUUCAGAACUCGCCUGCCACUCGUUUAAAUUACAAUGGCACUGCAGCAAAACGGGAUCGGAUCCAAACAUAACGGCGAAACUUCAAGCCAUCACCCGUCUACGAGUGGUAACGGAGAAAUUCAGCCUGAACAGGCCGAGCGAUUCACUUUCACCUCCGAACCCACACUUGAAGAUAUCCGCCGUAUGCAGGCUGAAUUUACAGACGAGAGGAACUGGAACCAGUUCCACAAGCCGCGGAACCUGCUGCUGGCGCUGGUCGGAGAGGUCGGGGAGGUGUCGGAGCUGUUCCAGUGGCGCGGGGAGGUGGCGGAGGGUCUACCGGACUGGACCGAGUCGGAACGGGAGCACCUGGCCCAGGAACUCAGCGACGUAUUGAUCUAUCUCGUUGAACUGGCUGAAAAAUGCCACGUUGACCUACCUCAAGCUGUCCUCCGCAAAAUGGCCCUCAACAGGCUCAAGUAUCCGGCCAGCAAAGUUCAUGGAUCUGCAAAGAAAUACACAGAAUACAAGGACUGAUUUUUGGCGAUUUCAUGCUGUAGCCAAAGACUAUCAUUACUGAACAUUUUUCGAGGAAGCUGAUGUUAAGUGCCUUAAAUUGUAAAAAUCCAUUCUGCUCUUAACAUUGCUGGUUUAAACAACUGUUUGGCACUACUGCUCUUGGUUUACGUUUAGCUUUUUAAAAUUUGUAUGUAAAAAAACUUAUUUGCACAUUUUUGGCUUAGUUUUAACGUUUUUCUGAUGUUUUUUGUUUUACCAAACAAAAGCUGCUAUGGACAGUAUAAGUUUCUUUGCUGUAUAGUGUUUUUCAUUCAUCACAGUAAAGUGUUUGCAGCUCA